AUGUUUCACAGACAAUUAAAAGCAGCAGUCAUGUGCUAUGAAGGAACAACAUGGCUAGAGGCACUCCCACUAAUAUUACUUCGCAUGCGCUGUGUUUUUAAACCAGACAUACAAACAUCUCCAGCGGAGUUAGUAUAUGGCAUACCACUUAGUCUACCAAGAGAUAUGGUAACAACUUCCAAAACAGAAAUCUCCACUGAAGAUAUAGCAAAUUUCGUUACUAGAAUCGUUCAACAUAUGGCAAAAUUGAGACCCACUCUAGCACCCGAUCACACUAACAAAAAAGUUUUUAUAUUUCAGGAUCUAAAAACUAGUACACACGUGUUUCUUCGGAAUGAUACCGUAAGAAAAUCACUACAACCACCAUAUUCCGGACCAUACAAAGUCAUAGACCGAUCGGACAAAACGUUCACAAUCCAAAAGGCAACACAAAAUAUUAAGGCGUCCAUUGAUCGCGUCAAGCCAGCGUAUAUGUUAUAA